AUGCUUCGUAAGAAGCAUUUCAAGGUCCUGGAGAGGCCUUUAAAGGUCCUGGAGUGGCCUUCCAAGGUCCUGGAGAAGCCUUUCAAGGUCCUGGAGUGGCAUUUCAAGGUCCUGGAGUGGCCUUUCAAGGCCCUGGAGCGACCUUUCAAGGUCCUGGAGUGGCCUUUCAAGGUCCUGGAGAGGCCUUUCAAAGUCCUGGAGAAGCCUUUCAAGGUCCUGGAGAAGCCUUUCAAAGUCCUGGAGAGGCCUUUCAAGAUCUUGGAGUGGCCUUCCAAGGUCCUGAAGUGGCCUUUCAAGGUCCUGGAGAGGCAUUUCAAAGUCCUGGAGUGGCCUUUCAAGGUCCUGGAUUGGCCUUUCAAGGUCUUGGAGAGGCCUUUCAAAGUCCUGGAGAGGCCUUUCAAGGUCCUGGAGUGGCCUUCCAAGGUCCUGGAGUGGCCUUUCAAGGUCCUGGAGAGGCCUUUCAAGGUCCUGGAGAGGCCUUUCAAGGUCCUGGAGUGGCCUUUCAAGGUCCUGGAGCAGCCUUUCAAGGUCUUGGAGAAGCCUUUCAAAGUCCAGGAGAGGCCUUUUAAGGUCCUGGAGGGGCCUUUCAAGGUCCUGGAGUGGCCUUUCAAGGUCCUGGAGCAGCCUUUCAAAGUCCUGGAGAAGCCUUUCAAAGUCCUGGAGAGGCCUUUCAAGGUCCUAGAGAAGCCUUUCAAGGUCCUGGAGUGGCCUUUCAAGGUCCUGGAGAAGCCUUUCAAGGUCCUGGAGCGGCCUUUCAAGGUCCUGGAGCAAGGUCCUGGAGAGGCCUUUCAAGGUCCUGGAGAAGCCAUUCAAGGUCCUGGAGCGGCCUUUCAAGGUCCUGGAGCAAGCCCGUCCCUCAUAGCCUCUCGUAGAGCCUGA